AAAAAUAUGAAAAUUAACGAAAAUGUAAGAUUCAUAAUAAAGAAUCGAAAACUCAACUAUGCAUAUGGAAUUAGAGUGUUGAAAUGGUUUAAAAAAGGUGAUCCACCAGAACGAGUAACAUCUGAUGGGUAUAUACAUAAAUUUCACCCGAUAGCGAAAAGAGGAGAUGUCGUUGAAUUUGAUGAAGAAAUUCGUGUAGAUAAUUUAUGUCCUGUUAAUGAAUUUCAAGAAAGUGCUACGUUUUACAUUCAUUAUACAAAAGAUGAUGAAGUAGAAUAUUGUGAUAAAAUGGAACUAUUGGGAACUCUUAAGAUUUACUUUACGGAUCGUGGACCUGAUAGGAAAGGUAGUUUUGCAUUGUCAUUUGGUCAAAUGGAAAUACUUAAAGCCACUGCAAGGAAUGAAACGAAUGGGCAGAAUUAUCUUGCCACUUUUGAAAUUAAAAAAGAGCAUUAAUAAGGUUUAAAUAAUUACACAAUUUAUCAAUUUAUCAUAUUUAUUGAUAAGAUGCACAAAUAAACUUUAAAUU